AUGGCCUCAACCAUAGCCGUCUCGUCCGAAAAGGACAGUGACCUUUCUGUCUCCGAACCGGUCACACUGGACGAAAAGACCGCUGUCAAUGUGCUUUCUGGGAAAAAGGAUGUCAAGGCCGAUGAGGAAGACACCGGCCUUGAAAGUGACCGCAACAGCGACAAUGUUGUUAUCAUCACCGGUGCUGACGCUUCCGCUCACUUGAUACCACUACGGGAUGAUUUCGAUAAUGUCUUGACUUUUCGGAGUAUCAUCAUUGCGUCGGGCUUGGCUUGUUUUCAAGCAGUAAUGAACCAAAUUUAUCAAUUCAAACCAACUCUUAUUACCAUCCAGGGGACUUUUAUUGUUCUCAUUUCCUACUUUGUGGGCAAUGCGUGGGCUAAAUUACUCCCGCGAGGUGAAAAAUUCGAGACAAGAUGGAGGGCUAAAAACGGCCAAGGAAAACUGCCAAAAUGGAUUUUGUUUCUCAAAUUCAUUAAUUCUGGUCCUUGGUCGUUGAAAGAACAUUCUAUUGCCGCGAUCACUGCUACCUCGGCCUCGAAUGUUUCUUCUGUCUCCCAGGUAUGGGCUGCUCAGGACCUGUUUUACGAUAUUCCCAUCAGUGCGGCCACCGUCAUUCUGAGCACCAUCUCGAUUGGUCUUUUCGGCUAUGGCUUAUGUGGAAUCAUGCGCCCUAUUGCUGUCUGGCAUACCGAGGCCGUAUAUUGGAGUACCUUGCCCACCGUCAAGACGCUCCAGGGACUUCACUGGCAACAAGUGAAAAAUUCAAAGCCGCUCAGAUAUUUCUGGUAUGCUUUUGCCGGGAUGUCUGUGUAUGAAAUCUUCCCGGCCUAUAUAUUUCCAUGGUUAAACUCCAUAUCUAUUCCGUGUCUGGCCGCGCAGAAAGCCACAGGUAGCACGGCCGAAGUUUUGACUAACCUUUUCGGCGGCGCUACCAAUAACGAAGGUCUUGGUCUCUUUUCUAUUUCGCUUGACUGGCAAUAUCUCACAUCCUUCCAAACUUCCCUUCCAUUGAAACUACAACUUCAUCAAAUGGUCGGACUUGGUGCUUGCUUUGUCGCCAUGCUUGGAAUUUAUUAUGGCAAUGGAUGGAACUCGAGAUCACUCCCUUUUAUGUCAACAAGGCUUCUCAACGCCAAUGGAACAGCAUACCCCGUCAGCACUGUAUUCCCAGGCGGUGUACUUGACGAGGCUGCGUUGUUGGAACAAGGGCUUCCCAAGCUAACGGGAACAUUUGCGUUUGCAAUGUUCAUGGCAAAUGCUGCUAUCGGCGCCUUGAUCGUUCAUUGUAUUUUGUUCUGGGGAAGUGAUAUUAAACGAGCAUACAAAAGCGCCAGGGAAGGAAGAUUCGACGAUCGGCAUCAUGACCACAUGGCAAAGCAUUACAAGGAGACACCAUGGUGGUGGUAUAUCAUUGUACUUGUCGGCAGCUUUAUCCUGGGCCUCAUUGUGGUUCUGAAAGAGAACAUUACCCUGCCAGUCUGGGCUUACAUUGUUUCGUUGGUUGUGGGAAUCAUCAUUGCCCCAUUCAGUGUCAUUCUUUACUCUCGCUACGGCAACGGUAUUGCGACAAACAACAUUUCAAAGAUGUUGGCAGGCUUGAUGCUUCCCGGUCGUCCAAUUGGCAAUAUGUAUUUUGCAGCCUGGUCACAUAACGUUAUCACGAACGCUGUCAAUCUUUCAAAUGACCUCAAGAUGGGAGAAUACCUCAAGAUUCCCCCUCGCAUAAUGUUCCUCACUCAAAUGUAUGGAACUAUUCUCGGUGGGUUCAUCAACUACGCAGUGAUGAUCUCUAUCGUGGGAAGCAACCGAGAGCUCCUCGCCGAUGGCAACGGAAAUUCUUCCUGGAGCGGUGCAACCAGCCAGGCUUACAACACCAAUGCCGCUUCUUGGGCACUUGCUCCGUAUCUGUAUAGAUCUGGUGCUCCCUACUCCAUGGUGCCAAUUGGUGUGGCCAUCGGAGGUGCCGCCGUCAUCGUUCAUCGUCUCUUCUACCAGUUCGUUCCGAAAAUCGGCAAUUUCGACGUUGCUGAUAUUAACAUGGCACAAUUCAUCCAAUACGCAGGAUACAUUCCCUAUAAUCAGUCGCAGGCAUGCGUGCUACUUACGUGGAUUGUUUCUGGGCUUUACGUGCAGUUCUAUCUGCGGAACUACAAGCCGAGGAUCUUCAAGGAUUACUCAUAUCUGGUUACUGGUGCGUUUGAUGGCGCCAGUUUAACCGUUCUGUUCAUCCUUUCAUUUGCAGUAUUUGGCGCUGGCGGGCCGAGCAGGCCAAUGCCGUCCUGGUGGGGGAACAAUUCCUCGGGGAAUUAUGAUUGGUGCCCAACGUCAGAUUAG